AUGGGUGAUAAAGAUGAUUAUUUGACGUGUUACCGAGUAUUUUUCGAGCAUUUUGCGGCUACUGUGAAUCCGGAGGAUCAACUACCUGUUAAUAUCGCUGGAUACACGAUCACCGAGGCUGAGUUACCGGGAGAAGUGAUCUAUUGGACCACCCAGUACCUGAGUGAAAAACAAUGCCCACCGACACUAAUGACGACGCUACGGCGGAUAAUCCUCGACGAGGUGCUAGCGGCAUCGACGAAACACCCCAAAGAGUUUGGGUUCGAUCCUGACGAAUCAGCCUACAUAGCCCUGCGGCUAAUGAAGGCAGUGAUGGCGCUCGUGAACGAUGUUUGUCUGCGGUACCUGGACAACUCGCAGUUGGACACGCUGCCGCCACCGGCGCCGGUGCAGCGCCACAUGCGCACCAUCUCCUCUGCCACCAAAAAUCUGCGUCGCGUCAUGGAGGACCGACACGUGGUUAUUGACGACCUGGAGGCCCUAUUUGGGAUUGAGACAACGGAGCCGACGAGUUUCUACGCGGUGUACGAUGGUCACGCGGGCUCCGCCGCGGCGACAUACUGCGCAGCGCACCUUCAUCAGUACCUAGUGGAGAGUCCGCACUUUCGCACUGACUUGCGUCGCGCCAUGCACGACGCUUUCCUCAAAACAGAUGCUGAAUUCGUGCGGAAAAGAUAUCAAGCGCGCGCGCGCGGCGGCAGCACGGCGGUGGCGGUGGCGGUGCGCGCGCGGCGGCUGCUGGCGGCCUGGGCCGGCGACUCACUGGCGCUGCUCGUCAAGCGCAUGCGCCUCAUGCAGCUCGUACACCCGCACAAGCCCGACAGGAAGGUGAGUGCCUGCUGCAGUAUGUGUGUGCUGCUGGGUGCCUGGGCCUGCGACUCGCUGGCACUGCUCAUCAAGCGCAUGUACCUCAUGCAGCUCGUACACCCGCACAAGCCCGACAGGAAGGUGAUUGCCUGCUGCAGUAUGUGUGUGCUGCUAGGUGCCUGGGCUUGCGACUCGCUAGCGCUGCUCGUCAAGCGCAUGCGCCUCAUGCAGCUCGUACACCCGCACAAGCCCGACAGAAAGGUGAGUGCCUGCUGUAGUAUGUGUGUGCUGCUGGGUGCCUGGGCUUGCGACUCGCUGGCGCUGCUCGUCAAGUGCAUGCGCCUCAUGCAGCUCGUACACCCGCACAAGCCCGACAGGAAGGUGACUGCCUACUGCAGUGUGUGUGUGCUGCUGGGUGCCUUAGCCUGCGACUCGCUGGCGCUGCUUGUCAAGCGCAUGCGCUUCAUGCAGCUCGUACACCCGCAUAAGCCCGACAGAAAGGUGAGUGCCUGUUGCAGUAUGUGUGUGCUGCUGGGUGCCUGGGCCUGCGACUCGCUGGCACUGCUCAUCAAGCGCAUGUACCUCAUGCAGCUCGUACACCCGCACAAGCCCGACAGGAAGGUGAUUGCCUGCUGCAGUAUGUGUGUGCUGCUAGGUGCCUGGGCUUGCGACUCGCUAGCGCUGCUCGUCAAGCGCAUGCGCCUCAUGCAGCUCGUACACCCGCACAAGCCCGACAGAAAGGUGAGUGCCUGCUGUAGUAUGUGUGUGCUGCUGGGUGCCUGGGCUUGCGACUCGCUGGCGCUGCUCGUCAAGCGCAUGCGCCUCAUGCAGCUCGUACACCCGCACAAGCCCGACAGGAAGUAUGUGUGUGCUGCUGGGUUCCUGGGCCUGCGACUCGCUGGCACUGCUCAUCAAGCGCAUGUACCUCAUGCAGCUCGUACACCCGCACAAGCCCGACAGGAAGGUGAUUGCCUGCAGCAGUAUGUGUGUGCUGCUAGGUGCCUAGGCUUGCGACUCGCUAGCGCUGCUCGUCAAGCGCAUGCGCCUCAUGCAGCUCGUACACCCGCACAAGCCCGACAGGAAGGUGAGUGCCUGCUGCAGUAUGUGUGUGCUGCUGGGUGCCUGGGCCUGCGACUCGCUGGCACUGCUCAUCAAGCGCAUGCGCCUCAUGCAGCUCGUACACCCGCACAAGCCCGAGAGGAAGGUGAGUGCCUGCUGCAGUAUGUGUUUGCUGUGCUGGGUGCCUGGGCGUGCGACUCGCUGGCGCUGCUCGUCAAGCGCAUGUGCCUAAUGCAGCUCGUACACCCACACAAGCCCGACAGGAAGGUGAUUGCCUGCUGCAGUAUGUGUGUGCUGCUGGGUGCCUGGGCUUGCGACUCGCUAGCGCUGCUCGUCAAGCGCAUGCGCCUCAUGCAGCUCGUACACCCGCACAAGCCCGACAGGAAGGUGAGUGCCUGCUGCAGUAUGUGUGUGCAGUUGGGUGCCUGGGCCUGCGACUCGCUGGCGCUGCUUGUCAAGCGCAUGCGCCUCAUGCAGCUCGUACACCCGCACAAACCCGACAGAAGUUGA